AUGCUCGACGAAGCAAUCUACGGCUCCGAUGAUUUCCGCAUGUAUGCGUACAAGAUCAAACGGUGCACUCGGACCCGCACCAGACUGGACCGACUGCCCCUACGCCCACAAAGGGAGAAGGCUCAGCGCCGUGACCCACGCAAGGUGCCCUACUGUGCUAUCGCCUGCCCCGCUUUUCGAAACGGAAAGUGCCCGAAAGCGACACGUGAUUUCGCUCACGGCGUUUUCGAGUACUGGCUUCACCCGCUCGGUACCGGACACGUGCAUGCAAUGCGGGAGAGGGAGCAUGCCUCCUCAGCUCUUAUAGCUGAGUCGUCAGGUUCUCCGUCAACGUGGAGGACUGGUGAUCAGUAUGUUUUGAAGAGUUUAGAAAUCCUGAAGAGUUUGAGGGUGGAAAUUGAUGAGGAAGAGAGAAGAGUCGCGGCGUUGGGAUUGAGUUUCGGAUUUGAUUUGCCGAAUAUUGAAUGGAUUUCAGAGUUGUGCAGUAAAUUUCAAGUGUAA